CUUACCAAUUCACAUGCCGUUUUAACCACAUAGAGAGACAAGUGAUAAUCCCGAAGAGAGGAAGAUCAUUGUUGCCUCUCUUUAUCUUUCUCUGCAAGCAUUUUUUGGAAGCUGAGCAAACAAGACGAUACGGCGUUGCUCUGCAGAAACUAGAACGAGUUUCCUUUGCUUGUUACAAGUCGAGGGAGUCAGCUUAUGAUUGAUAGAUAGCUCGCUCAUUUGUUGUGGAAGGGAGGAGGUGAGACAAGUUAGGAAUGAAAGAGAGUGAUAAGAGAAGAACUCCCGGUAAUAAUCAGUCGAAGCGCUCGGGAAAAACUGAAAGGAGAGACCGUAAACCGAAUCAAACGACGAAGGGGAUUGAAUCUAAAUCCUUGCUUGCUAAACCAGACUCCAGUGCUAUUUUAGUAAGUGAUUCGAACACGGGCUCAGAGCCCUCUGAAGUUUGUGAUAGCUUUGUUAUACAUUAUGUGGAUAAUGUCAACAGGUCUGAGGAGGCUCCUCAAGAUUCAAAAGCCGAUUCCAUGAUUGAUAUAGUGAACAAGGAUGAGGCUUCAGAUGACCAUUCUGGUGACUUAGAUAGAGAAUCCAAGGAGGGGAAGGAAGAUGAGUCGGAUUCUGAGACAACACAAGAUUCUGUAUCAUCUCAAGGGGAUUCGGUGACAGCUGAGGGUGAGAAAGUAGAAAACGUUUCGAUAGUCCCAAAAACAGUUUCCAAUAAGAAUUUAUCAGAAAGCGGUCCUCCGCGUGGAUCAAGGGUGAAAUCUGAUCGCAAAACUAGUAUAUCCAGGUCUAAAGCAGUAAAUAACACUCCUAAAAAACCUGCAAAAACAAAUAAAGGGCCUUUGAAAGUUACUUCGAAAAGUUCUUUUGAUAAGAAUUCUAAAGACAUGAGAGUUCCUCAUAAACCUUCAUUAGAGUCUUCUGAAGGAGUUGAUGAUAAGCCUGCAGAAGAUGUCAAAGAAAUAGAUUUUUUAGAUGAGGCCUCAAAUGGUACUCAGAGUGUUGCAAUUGACAACGAAACAGAUGCUGCUGAAGAAAAUGGUGAACAUGAGGAUGAAGCAGAAUUAAAUCAAAGGAUUGAAGACAUGGAAAUGAGAAUCGGGAAACUUGAAGCAGAGCUCAGAGAAGUUGCUGCUCUUGAAAUUUCACUUUAUUCUGUAGUCCCAGAACAUGGGAGCUCAGCACAUAAGGUGCACACACCUGCAAGACGCCUUUCCAGACUAUACAUUCAUGCUUGUAAGCAUUGGACUCUAGUUAAGCGAGCUACGGUUGCCAGAAACACUGUUUCAGGACUUGUAUUGAUUUCCAAGUCCUGCGGUAAUGAUGUUCCAAGGUUAACAUUUUGGUUGUCCAACACAAUUGUGCUGAGGGAGAUCAUUUCUCAGGCAUUUGGAAGUUCACGGCACUCAAGUCCCCUUGCAAGGCAGUCCAAUGGGGGUAGCAAGAAAAGUGAAGGGAAGCCUACAGCACUGAAAUGGAAGGGUGGUUCUGGUAGCAAACAAGUUAACGGUUUUAUGCAGUUUGCUGAUGAUUGGCAGGAGACAGGAACCUUCACUGCUGCAUUAGAAAGAGUUGAAUCAUGGAUAUUUUCCCGUGUGGUUGAAUCCGAAUGGUGGCAGGCUUUGACUCCACAUAUGCAAUCUCCUGCUGGGGAUUUGUCCUCCAACAAAACCACUGGAAGGUUGCAUGGACCAGCCUUGGGUGACCAGCAGCAAGGCAGCUUUUCUAUCAACUUAUGGAAGAACGCUUUCCAGGAUGCUCUCCAACGACUAUGUCCUGUUAGAGCAGGAGGUCAUGAGUGUGGUUGCUUGCCCGUCAUUGCAAGAAUGGUUAUGGAACAGUGUGUUGCCAGGCUAGAUGUAGCAAUGUUCAAUGCUAUUCUGCGCGAGUCUGCCCAUGAGAUUCCAACUGACCCUGUUUCGGAUCCUAUCUUAGAUUCCAAGGUUCUGCCAAUUCCUGCUGGAGACUUGAGCUUUGGUUCUGGGGCACAACUCAAAAAUUCUGUUGGUAAUUGGUCUAGGCGGCUUACUGAUAUGUUUGGGAUCGAUGCUGAUGAUUGCUUGAAAGAAGAUCAGCAUGUUAGCGAGGAUGAUGACAAGCAAGAUGGUGAAACUAAACCCUUCCUUCUUCUUAAUGGCUUGAGCGAUCUUCUGAUGCUUCCAAAAGACAUGCUAAUGGACCGAUCAAUCAGGAAGGAGGUGUGCCCAUCAAUUGGUCUUCCAUUAGUUAAGCGGAUACUCUGCAAUUUUACUCCUGAUGAGUUCUGCCCCGAUCCUGUCCCUGGAGCCGUAUUAGAGGCAUUGAACUCCGAGAGUACCGUGGAGUGGAGACUGUCAGGAGAUGCUGCCAGAAACUUCCCGUAUACAGCUGCCCCAGUUGUGUACACACCACCUUCCUCUGCUGAUGUGGCAGAAAAAGUUGCGGAGGCAGGGACCAAGUCUCAGUUGUCAAGGAAUGUAUCUGCUGUGCAGAGGAAAGGAUACACAAGUGAUGAGGAACUGGAGGAAUUAGAUUCACCUCUUACGUCCAUAAUUGAAAGAUUGCCAUCAUCCCCAGCUAUCAACAUGGCCAAUGGAAAUGGAAAACACAAGGAAUAUGCAGCCGCAGGGGAUUCGAUGGCAAAUGCAAGGUAUGAACUUCUUCGUGAGGUCUGGUCUGCAUGAGGAUUGGGAGUUAAUCUUGCUGUACAUCUUUUCUUCUCUCUUAAUUCCCUUCUUAUCAAUGUAAAUAUGAAGAAACAAAAUCACUCUCGAAAAGUAAGCAGUGAAAGAUGAUUCAAGGUUUCAGGUUUGUUCAAAUGCAGCAGCAGAAGCCAUGCCAUUUGCUUUCCUGUAAACUACAGUUUUUUAGUUGCUCUGUAUUGUUUGGAUGAGAAUAUUAAUUUAAUUCAAUAAAAAUAUAUUAUCACCAUUUACGUG